GUAUUUCCGGCCGAUUACCCGUUCAAAGCGCCGCUCAUUUACUUCACCACAAGAAUAUUUCACCCAAACAUCAGCCAAUCGGGUACUAUAUGUUUGGACACAUUGACCUACAACUGGAGCGCCUCACUUAGCAUUGGCAAAGUGCUGAUGUCUAUACAGCAACUGAUGGCCGACCCGAACCCCAGCGACCCCCUCGACGGCACGAGCGCUCGUAUGUUUCGCAAUAAUCGGGUUAAGUAUAACAAAACGGCCCGACAAUGGACUCGAGAGUACGCAUACCCUCCGCCCGGCUAUGUGUUUACCACUAGUCAAACCACUACCAGUCCGGCCAACAAUGAGGACAGUACGGGUAGCGGUGGCUCUUUUAGUAGUUGGUAG